GUAGCGGAUGUAGUUUGUUAGUUGUUGUUAGUUAUAUGUAGCAUGUAUAUAUAGGUUAUAAUUAUUGUUUUCCUUAGCCCGAAUUCUCACUCCAGUUCAGCAGGUUGCGGUAAUGCACCAAUAAACUGGUGUGCCAAACACCAUAAAAGUAGUUAGCAGUUUCCGGGUUUGAUGGUCCUAUCCGGCUCUCUCACAGUUAGCAUGUCUGCUAACGUUGUAGGCUAUCAGAUUAAUGUUGAAAAUCGUCAGCAUUGAGUUUUCCUUCCUACAUGUGACUCUUUGAUGUGUGUCAGAUGUCCGGGUUUCAGGAUCUUAAAGAUUUCUUCAGACGGCGGCUGCUCGCUGCGGUUAUCAGAGAUAUAUCAGAAACAACAACAUGUGGAUACGAAGAGGAGCUCCACCGACAAAGAAAAGUGCUGGAUGUGAUUUUAACACCUGAAAUCAAGCUGCAGAGAGCAGCAGCUGUUGGUGAGUAAAGAAGAGCUUCCACCUGAGCAGCAGGAGUUGAGCCACAUUCUGGACCAGGAGGACCCUGAGUCCCCACAGAUUAAAGAGGAACAGGAGGAACUGUGGAUCAGUCAGGAGGAAGAACAGCUUCAAGGACUGGAGGAGGCUGAUACCACCAUGUUCCCCUUCACUCCUGUCUCUGUGAAGAGUGAAGAUGAUGAAGAGAAACCUCAGUCCUCACAGCUUCAUCAGAGACAAACUGAACAGAUGGAAACAGGAGUUGAUGGAGAGGACUGUGGAGGAGCAGAACCAGAGAGGGACUCAGAUCCAGAGAGACAUUUACAACCAGAGACUGAGGUCAAGACUGAAGACUCUGAUGAACCUGAGACUGAUGACAUAGAAGAUUGUAAGGAGACCAGAGAGAAUCAGUCAGGUAUGACCUCUGUCGAAAACAUUGAAGAUAAGAGAUCAAAUAAACCACAUACCUGUUCCAAGUGUUGUAAGUCAUUCAAAAAGAAACGGGAUCUGACCAGACACAUAAGAAUUCACACAGGAGAGAAACCCUUCAGCUGCUCUGAAUGUGGAAAAAGGUUUAACCAAAAAGGAAGUCUGGCGAUACACUCUUUACUUCACAGAGAGGAGAAACCCUUUGGCUGCUCUGAGUGUGGUAAAAGAUUUAACCAUAAGCCUACUCUGAAACUUCACAUGGCGCGUCACAGAGGUGAGAAACGCUACAGCUGCUCUCUUUGUGACCAAAGGUUCUGUUGGUCUAAUCAGUUAAAGAGACACAAGUGUGUUGGAGGUCAGGCUUCAAAACCCGAGAGUUAUUUACAAGCAGAGACUGAGCCUGCAAACUCCUCUGUACAUGAGACUGAAGACAGUGAUGAGUAUUGGAAGGAUACCAAAGAACAUAGGCCAGGUGUAAACUCUGUAGAAAACAUGAAAAAGGCUUUCACUUAUCAGAGACAUAAAGUUUUAGUAAAUGAUGGACGUUGUUCUGGGGAGAGACAAUUUGGCUGUUCUGAAGAUGUUGCUAAACAUGAAUUCAUGAAACACAACACUGUCAACAUUGAACCAUGCAGUAAGGCUGAGCACCUUCAGUCAGGUCUGAACUAUCUGAAAAACGGUGGAGAGGUUUCCUCCUGCGAUUCUUUGACAUGUAAUGAAUCAUCCAAAAACACUGACACUCUGCUCAAACAGCAGAAAUGUAACGAUGGGCAGAGGCCAUUUAGUUGCCUAUUUUGUGAGAAAAGAUUUGCUACAGAAGAUUGUUUGACAAGACAUACAUCUUUCCAUACAAGAGAGAAACGACUCAGAUGCAUUCAUUGUGAGAAAAGGUUUACUCAGGAGUCAGACUUCAUCAGCCAUAUGUGUGUUGGUGUGUCCUCAGAACCUUAUCAGAGCCAGACUGAAGAACAGAUUACAGACAAAUCUCUAAACUGUCCUCACUGUGGGAAAGGAUUUGUCAGUCAGCACAAUCUGCUGGUGCACAUGAAGAUUCAUUCAGGAGAGGAAGUGUUUAGUUGCUCAGUUUGUGUUCAAACAUUUGCCAGCCAUGAAAGCUUAAGAUGUAAUUUGGCUUGUCAGACUGUGAAGAAGCAUUUUUGUUGUUCAGUUUGUAAUACAGGUUUCACUGACAGUGAAUCUUUGAUUAAACACAUGAGAGUCCACGUUGGACAAACACAGUUCAGAUGCUCAAUUUGUGAUCAAGAAUUUGUCUGGAGAAGACAUCUGACAAAACAUAUGGAGGUCCACACAUCUGAGAAAAUCUACAGCUGCAUAGUUUGUGAUCAAAGAUUCUUUUGGUCCUCUCAGUUAAAAGAACACAAGUGUGUUGGAGGUCAGGCUUCAGAGUUUCAUCAAAAUCAAACUGAGGAGAAAAGAGAGGCAGAAACAGGAGAUGAUGGAGAGGACUGUGGAGGAGCAGAACCAGAGAGGGACUCAGAUCCAGAGAGACAUUUACAACCGGAGACUGAAGACACUGAUGGGCAAGAGACUACAGAACAUCAGUCAGGUUUAAGCUCUGUAGAAAACAUUGAAGAUAAGAGAUCAAAUAAAUCAAAUACCUGUUCUGACUGUUGUAAAUCAUUCAAAAAGAAACGGGAUCUGACCAGACACAUAAGAAUUCACACGGGAGAGAAACCUUUUAGCUGCUCUGUUUGCAGUCAAAGAUUUAUCCUCAAGUCUGCUCUGAUACUUCACAUGGCUCAUCACAGAGGAGAGAAACCCUAUGACUGCUCUGUUUGUGACCUAAGAUUAUUUUGGCCCAAACAGUUAAAAAGACACAAGUGUGUUGGAGGUCAGGAUGCAGAUCUUCAAAAUCAAACUGAGGAGAAAAGAGAGGCAGAAACAGGAGUUGAUGGAGAGGACUGUGGAGGAGCAGAACCAAAGAGGGACUCAGAUCCAGAGAGACAUUUACACCCAGAGACUGAAGACUCUUCUGAGGCUGAGACUGAAGACAGUGAAGAUUGGAGAGAAACCAGACCAAAUCAGUCAGGUUUAGAUUCUCUAACAAAUGUCUCCCAGAGUGCAGCAACAUUUGACUCUGAUAGGAAAUAUGAUUUCUGCUCUGACUCUGAUCAAAACUUUAACAACAACCACCUUCUGGAACGCCAUAGAAACAAUCACACAGAAGAUAAACUUUUCAGUGGCUCAGGAUGUGAGAACCAGUUAACAGAAAGAGGAAAUAUGGGCCAACACAUGAUAGCCCACAUAGGGCUACUCAGAGGGGCAAAGCAGGAGGAACAAGAACCCCCACUUAUCAAGGAGGAACAGCAAGAAUUCAGGAUCAGUCAGGCUGAUACCACCAUGUUCCCCUUCACUCCUGUCUCUGUGAAGAGUGAAGAUGAUGAAGAGAAACCUCAGUCCUCACAGCUUCAUCAGAGACAAACUGAACAGAUGGAAACAGGAGUUGAUGGAGAGGACUGUGGAGGAGCAGAACCAGAGAGAUGUUUACAAAUACAGACUGAGGUUAAGACUGAAGACUCUUGUCAAUCUGAUGAUAGUGUAGACAGUGAUUUUUGGAAAGAGACAAGAGAUCGCCAGCCAGGUUUCAAAUCUGUAGAAAACACUGAAGAGCAUAGACCGGCGACUGAAAAGAAAUCAAAUAACUGCUCUGAGUGUAACAAAACAUUCCUAACGAAAUGGCUUUUGAACCAACACAUGCGAAUUCACACAGGGGAGAAACCCUUCAGCUGCUCUGUUUGCAACAAAUGUUUCAAUGUAAAGGGAAGUCUGACUAAACACAUGUUGCUUCACACGGGAGAGAAACCCUUCAGCUGCUCCGAGUGUGGUAAAAGAUUUGACCGAAGAGGCAGUUUGAACAGACACAAGAUAGUUCACACAGGAGAGAAACCCUUUAGCUGUUCUGUUUGCACCAAAAGAUUUAAUCAAAGAUCGAGUCUAAAACGUCACAUGGCACAUUACAGAGGAGAGAAACAGUUUAGCUCCUCUGAUUGCAGUAAAAUAUAAUGCCAAAAGGGGGUCUGAUCAAAGUGCCCGUUUAGCCCAGUUGCUAAAGCAGCAAAUUCUUGCUUUCCUUUUUCUGCACAAAGACAACAACUUCAUUUCUGCCACUUUUUUGCUACAAAAGCUAAGGUGAUGUUUUGUAUAUGUAUCUUCUCAAUGCCUUAAAUCUUCUGAUACAGUUUACCAUGGAGUGUCGAAGUUCAUAACAAAUCUUAAAAGUCACGAUUUGUACUCCUUUUCAAUCAGUGUAAAUAAGUCUCGGAGCUCCUCACAACAUGUCUAUGAAGUUUCUUGUUCUAAAUCCACUCUGAUCCUGUAUUUGAUCAUCAUCUAUUUCAGCCCUGCUCAGAGCAGGCUGUUUCUGUGUCUGUACCUUUAAAUAUGUAAACACCAAACUGGUUUGUUCCUAAUCACUCUGUAAAUCGUACCACCAUCUUUCUUUCCCUCUCUAUUUCACUCAAGUUAUUAUGUUACAUUAUUUGACAUAACUUUAAAGUGCUGUUGUAAUGGUAGUGUGCACACUGCUUUGCCCAUUUUGUGUGCCAAAUAGAGGCAACCCAGCACACAGCAGGGGUGUGAUGUGCUAUAGUGGUCACAUGGUUUGGUAAAUUGAAAAAAAUGUUUGUUUCUCUCAGUAUCUCUGUAAAUAUUUUUUUGUGUCUCAAUUAAAACUU